CGGGGAUAGUGGACACAGGUGAGAGCCGACCAUAGGGCUCCAGUGAUGGGAGGACGGAGCCCGCCCAUUGUCCUCCGCAGUGUCCGGGGACCUGUCCCUUCCUCUCUCCGGGGUGGGUCCGACCACACUGUCAGCAUUGUCUGGGCUCCCCCCACCCCCGUCCUGUGCUUUCUCUGCCUCACUCCGGACUAUGUGGCAGGGGAAAGCCUCUGCUAUGCCUGAGCCGGGGGACAACCCGGGGGCCCAGCCUAACUCCUGGGGCCACACAGCACUGCUCACUGCCGACAGCGACUCGCUCACUCUACAAGAAAUGGUCAAUGCAUGGUUUGCUGAAAGGGUCCAUACAAUACCAGCAUCAAAAGAAGGAGGCAAAAGCAAUACAGAACAUAACCAGCAGGCCACUUCUUCUGAACUCACCAACCAAGCGGCACCGGUAAGAAAGAUUUCAGCUUCGGAGUUUGACCGGCCUCUUAGGCCCAUCGUGGUUAAAGAUUCUGAGGGAACGCUGACCUUUCUCGCCGAUUCAGAAAAGAAGGAACAGAUGCCUCUGCAAACCCCCAUUAUAUCGACUGCAAGCGAUCAGUGCGCAAGGCUUUUGGAACUAGUGAAAGAUAUAUCAAGUCACUUAGACGUUACUGCCCUUUGUCAUAAGAUUUUUUUACACAUUAAUGAACUUCUAUCUGCCGACCGAUACUCCCUUUUCUUAGUGUGCGAGGAUAGUUCCAACGAGAAGUUUCUGGUCAGCAGACUUUUUGAUGUAGCUGAAGGCACAACACUGGAGGAGGCUUCAAAUAACUGCAUUCGUCUGGAGUGGAGUAAGGGCAUUGUAGGCUACGUUGCAGAGUAUGGACAGCCUUUGAACAUAAAAGAUGCAUAUAAGGAUUCCAGAUUCAAUGCGGAAGUCGACCAAAUUACUGGGUACAAAACACAAAGUAUUCUUUGUAUGCCAAUAAAGAACCACAGAGAAGAGGUGGUUGGGGUGGCACAAGCAAUCAAUAAGAAAUCUGGAAAUAAUGGCACAUUUACUGAGCAAGAUGAGAAGGACUUUUCUUCUUACCUGGCAUUCUGUGGCAUUGUACUGCACAACGCACAGCUGUAUGAGACUUCGCUGCUAGAGAACAGGCGGAAUCAGGUGCUCCUUGAUCUUGCCACCUUAAUCUUUGAGGAGCAGCAAUCACUGGAAGUUAUUUUAAAGAAGAUAGCAGCCACAAUUUUGUCGUUCAUGCAAGCUCAGAGAUGUACAAUCUUCAUUGUGGAUGAAGACUGCCCUGAUACUUUUUCCAGUGUAUUUCACAUGGAGUCUGAUGAAUUAGAAGAAGCUGCAGAUUCCAUAAAAAGGGAAUAUGCUGUAAACCAAAUAAAUUACAUGUAUGCCCAGUACGUGGCAAAUACCAUGGAACCACUGAACAUACCCAAUGUGUGCAAAGACAAGAGGUUUUGUUGGACAAACGAAAAUGAAGAAAAUAACAGCAAGAACAUUCAGAGUCUACUGUGUACGCCUAUCAAGAAUGGAAAGAAGAAUAAAGUUAUAGGAGUUUGCCAACUUGUAAACAAGGUAGAAGAAAGUUCUGGCAAAAUCAAGACCUUCAACAGAAAUGAUGAGCAAUUUUUGGAAGCCUUUGCAAUUUUCUGUGGCUUGGGGAUCCAGAACACCCAGAUGUAUGAAGUUGUGGACCGAGCAAUGGCCAAACAGAUGGUGACAUUAGAGAUUCUUUCAUAUCAUGCAUCUGCUGCUGAAGAGGAAACCAUGGAGCUGCAGGUAACAGCGGGAGCUGUCGUGCCAUCUGCACAAUCACUUAAAUUAACGGACUUCUACUUCAGUGACUUUGAGCUCUCUGACAUAGAAACCACAUUAGCCACAAGUCGAAUGUUCACAGACCUCAACCUUGUGCAGACUUUCCAAAUGAAAUACGAGACUCUCUGCAAAUGGAUUUUAAGUGUAAAGAAAAACUAUAGGAAGAAUGUAGCCUAUCACAACUGGAGACAUGCCUUCAAUACAGCACAAUGUAUGUUCGCUGCACUGAAGACUGGCAGGAUUCAGAGUAAACUAACUGAUCUGGAGAUUUUAUCUUUGAUGAUUGCCACAUUGAGCCAUGAUUUGGAUCACAGAGGGGUCAACAACUCCUUUAUACAGAGGAGUGAACAUCCAUUAGCACAACUCUACUGUCAUUCUAUCAUGGAGAACCACCACUUUGACCAGUGCCUCAUGAUACUGAAUAGCCAGGGUAACCAGAUUCUGAGUGGGCUCUCUGUUCAGGAUUACAAGGCUGCACUGAAGAUGAUAAAGCAGGCAAUCCUUGCUACAGAUUUGGCACUUUAUAUAAAGAGGAGAGGUGAUUUCUUUGAACUUAUAAAAAGAAAGCAAUUCAGGCUUGAUGAUCCAACACAAAAAGAAUUGUUUGUGGCAAUGUUGAUGACUGCUUGUGAUCUGUCUGCAAUAACAAAACCCUGGCCAGUUCAACAGCGGAUAGCAGAACUUGUCGCUACAGAAUUUUAUGACCAAGGGGAUAAAGAGAGGAGAGAACUGAAUAUAGAACCAAUUGAUCUCAUGAACAGAGAGAAGAAAGACAAAAUACCCAGCAUGCAGGUUGGAUUUAUUGACGCAAUCUGCUUAGAGCUAUAUGAGGCCUUAACGCAGGUUUCUGAGUCAUGUUACCCCCUACUUGAGGGCUGCCUGAGGAACAAGCAAAAGUGGCAAGUUUUGGCAGAGCAGCAAGAGAAUGGUCUGAUGAACGGAGAUGGCAGUCAGUCUAAACUGAACUGUGACAUUGACUAAGCAACACCAACAGCAGCUCUCUACUUUUGUGGUACAAAUUAGUAUUACACUGUUUGAAAUAUGAAAAUGUAUUUUGCCACUGUUAUAUUUAUUAAUUUCACAUUUUCGUUUAAGGAAAUAAUAAGCAAAUGUAAAUGAAAUUACAUUGUAACGUUUUCUACAGAAGCAAUAUAUUUUCAGAUGUAUAUAAGGUUACAUCCACAAUUUGGAGGUCCUUGGGGGUGUCACUGUAUUGCCCCUUUGGAAUCAGUGCCUUAAUGCAUGAAUGGGUGCCAUUUUAUCUAAACAAGUCAGCUUUGGUGACCAGCACAUUACUCUUUCAAUAACACAGCACAAUAUGAAGUAUGUCUAACAUCGCACUGGCUGGUUCAUGUAAAGACUGAUAACUUUCACAGUUAUAUAUCUAAAAAAUGUACUAAGAAAAACAUGUAGAGGCACACAAAUGGUUUGUAGUACACCAGUGUGAAGGCAGGGGGAUUACAGUUUAGGCCGCCUGGAUGCAGCUGUAUCCCUUGUUCUUUCAUAAAGAGUUUUUUUUUAUAUAAAUGCGUGCCCCUGGCAAAUUUUCUUUUCUUUUACGCAAGUGACUUACUGCUAAAAAUCUUAUAAGAGGUACGCCUGUCUCUUACUUGCCUGAUAUGGUUUAUAAUAGAGCAUACAAGGAACGGAUAUAGAAACAAAUUACGCUAAUGAACUGAUUGAAGUUUACUGAAGAAAACAUUUGGAGGUUUACUUUAAUUUCCUGGCCUAAAAUGGAUGGAAUAUAAUUGGUUGCCAUGUGCAAAAUUGUUUUCUUUACUCCAGUCAAAUUAGUGCUGAUAUGUUGCCAGUUUUGAUAUAAAGACACUAAGCACCACUGAAAAAUUGUACUGUUUGACCUCCACGAUAUGUUAUAUCUAGACUUUAGUGGUGGUGCUUCUUCAGUAGCAAGAUGUAGUCAUGUGUUUUUUGAAUAAAGCCCAAGACAAGAUGGUGUAAAUCCAUAACUGUAAAAAUUGCAAGAUUUUAAAAUAUUUGUUUUUGCCCAUCUUAUUGUCAGGUGGUUUGAGGACAGCAAAUAGUCUAAAGACUUAUGGUUGUGUUAUAUUGAGCAACAGUGGAAUGUCUGGUCAUGAUAAAUUCUUAGAAUAUAUGAAAUUUCUACUCAAUGAUUAUAACCAGGCCAUCUAUCAGUUUAAAGCAUCAUAUUGAUAGUCUUUCAUUGAUGCACACACUCCCGCUAUCUCCCAGAGUUCAAGUACAGGCUGAAGGGGAGCAGUCCCUGCUCCAACUGUAUAUUGAAUGAAAAGCAAAAUAGUCGCACUCUGAUGUACAAAAGAUUAAGGUUUAUCCCAACAUUGACCACAGCAAGAGUUUUCACCCGGAGACCCAAUACCAAAACAAAUAUCAAUUGUUUUUUUAAGUAAAUUUUAAAGGGAAUCUAUAGUGGCUAUCUGUUUUCUUUCAUUCUUUGUUAUGGUUUGGAAUAUUUUUUUAACAAAAAGGUCUCUUCUUUAUUUUGAGUCUGUUGAAUAUAAAAUAUUGUUAAUAUUUUAUAGUUCCCUUUUGAGUCAGCAGGUGGAGAUUCAUUGUACUUUUCACAUCCUUUUCAGACUACUUAGCAUCUGUAAAAAAAAAAAUCCUUUUGUUUAGCAUAGGCUGAAAUUUACAGGAGUCUGAAGAGCCAUUCCUUACCAAAUGACUUCAUCCCAGGUUUCAAUCAGAUAAAGCCACAGCUUGGUACCCAAUGCUGUUGUUAUUCUAAUAACCCAUAGUUGUCUGGGAGUCCCUAGUAUUAAAUAUUUAUUUAUUUAACGUUGAUUGUCUAUAAAAAAAA